UCGCCGCCAGGUAUAUAAGGGAGGGCGCCAGCGACCACACCUCGAAGGAGCUUCAUUCCACUUCUGUAGACUUAACAGUAUUCAGAAGUUUUGGACAGAGGCCAACCUUACACUCCCUCACCAUGGCUAACGCUACCGGACCCCAAAUGGCGUUCUACGGAACUGGUGCGGCCACUUUUGGCUAUCCGGAGGGGAUGACCGUGGCUGACUUCGUCCCGGACCGAGUCAAGCACAUGGUCCUCGACCACUGGUACAACUACCCCCCCGUGAAUCCAAUGUGGCACUACCUCCUAGGCGUUGUUUACCUUUCCCUUGGAGUUAUCUCCAUUGCGGGCAAUGGCCUUGUCAUCUACUUGUACAUGAAAAGCCAGGCCCUCAAGACCCCCGCCAACAUGCUGAUUGUGAAUCUUGCUCUUUCCGACCUGAUCAUGUUGACCACCAACUUCCCUCCCUUCUGCUACAACUGCUUCAGCGGUGGCAAGUGGAUGUUCAGCGCUACCUACUGUGAGAUCUAUGGUGCUCUUGGUGCUAUCACCGGUGUGUGCAGCAUCUGGACGCUCUGCAUGAUCUCCUUCGAUAGGUACAACGUCAUCUGCAACGGUUUCAACGGCCCCAAGCUGACCCAGGGCAAGGCCACCUUCAUGUGCGCCCUUGCCUGGAUCAUCUCUGUCGGCUGGGCCCUUCCCCCCUUCUUCGGCUGGGGCUCCUACACCCUGGAGGGCAUCCUGGACUCCUGCAGCUACGACUACUUCACCCGGGACAUGAGCACCAUCACCUACAACAUCUGCAUCUUCAUCUUCGACUUCUUCCUCCCGGCCUCAGUCAUCGUCUUCUCUUAUGUCUUCAUCGUGAAGGCUAUCUUCGCCCACGAGGCCGCCAUGCGCGCACAGGCCAAGAAGAUGAAUGUCACCAACCUCCGCUCCAACGAGGCUGAGACCCAGCGCGCUGAAAUCCGCAUCGCUAAGACUGCCCUCGUCAACGUUUCUCUGUGGUUCAUCUGCUGGACCCCCUAUGCCGUCAUCACCAUCCAGGGACUGCUUGGUAACACCGAAGGCAUCACCCCUCUGCUGACCACUCUCCCCGCCCUGCUGGCCAAGUCCUGCUCUUGCUACAACCCAUUCGUGUACGCCAUCAGCCACCCCAAGUACCGUCUGGCCAUCACCCAGCACCUGCCCUGGUUCUGCGUGCACGAGAAGGACCCCAAUGACGUUGAGGAUAACCAGUCCAGCAACACCCAGCAGACCCAGGAGAAGUCAUAAGCAGUGAGGUCAUGAGACGCCCCCUGCCGCUGUCUGGAGGUGUUGAGCCCCCUCCCUGGUGACAUCUCCGCUCGUUUCGGCGAGCACACGACGCAACAACGAACUUUUCUCUCUUCAUACCUUGACAGUCGAGGCCUCUGACUUUAUGUUCAAUAAAUAAUCCUUGCAAUUCCA